UACGAACCGGAACAGAAUUUGAAUCAACAGCAUUUUUUUUCCUUAACUUGUCAUAUUUUUCCGCGCUUUGCUUUGGAAACCUACAAGUAGACUCAUAUUCUAUAGAACAUUUGCAGUUUUCUGAAGCUCGCAUCGUUAGUGUGUGGCAGUUUAUGAAACAGUGUAUUAUUGGCAAGACGGAAGGCACAGGAGGAAAUUGUAUUCUUUAAACAAAAAAAGUACUUCAACUGCAGGUAAUAAGUGAAUCCAGGGUUUUUGUCAGUUUGAGGAUCUGAGAACGCUGCCACAAAUACUAUUGUGUUUUUUAGAGUUUUGUUAACUGUUGCUAUGACAGAAAAAGUGAAAUUUGACUGCUACGAAGUCGGGGACAGUGCUUCUAACUCGUCAAAACUUGACGUCAGUCGCGGGCUGCUAGAAGCUGGCCUACAAACUGAAAAAGGUCUUGUAGAAGCACAAGGUGCGAAGAAAGAGUCUGCCUGUUGCUCGGAAUCUUUGCCAUGUUAUUAUUGCACCUGUCACAGAGAAGCAACAGCUGAGACUCUGGAUCUAGUCCACUUGCAGAGCGUGUUGAAAAGGAGCCUACUGAAGGUGGCGAACGGGAGUCCAACAUUGUUUAUUGUUGAGGAUCUUUUGUCAUUUGCUGUUGCUGAAGUUAUUCGGCACAGAAAAGGGUUUUAUUCAUGUUUAUGCUCAUUAGGUCACACAAACGAUGGAAAUACGAGUAAUGAACCUUCUUGUAGUUCUUUUUCUGCUUCUGAAACUUCUUUGGAUGUUGUCAACCUGUCUAUUUUUUGCCAAUUUUUGGAUGAAGAUGAACGAAGCCAACUAAACGCAGAAAGUCAUUGUAGCUAUUCGUUUACUUCUCACACCAGAAAACGAGUAAUAUUUUGGCUACUUGACAUUGCACAGCUUUUUGAUUUGAACUCUGAAACGGUGGCUCUUACAGUUGCCUUUAUGGAUAAACUUGUUGGGAAACGAACAAUCUCACAACUUUUCUUUUAUAGUACAAUAGGUGGCUGUCUCUGCACAUUUUCCAAAUGGCUCGACUUUCGACCUGUUUCAUAUAUCGAAAUGGCUCCAAUUGUGAAUGUUCCUUCAAAUUUGUUGAGACUUUUUGAGGAAAUCAUAUUGCAUAGUCUCGAUUGGCACCUUCAUUUGCGAACCGUACAUGGUGUCUUUUCGAAAAUAGCAGGAAAGUUUAGGCAGUUCCACUGGAACGUUGAUUUGAGUGAAGCAUCAUGGGAAGAAGUUGUUUGUAUGGCAGAAAUGUAUCUAAAUAUGUCACUGUUAUCCGAAGAAUUGACCAAUUAUGAUCACUCCAUUAUUAUACUUGUAGUUUUGGGAUUGGUGUAUAAAGACACGUUGAAAACUAACUACAUGCACAAGGAGAAUACCAUCAAUAACGAAAGUGCAUUAGCAGAAUUACAGAAAGAAAUUGCAAAGGAAUGUGGCUUUUCUAAGGAGUGCCUUAUCUGCGUGUGGCAUUUAUUAGAAUCCUCUGUCAUUUCGAAUAAUGAACAAUGAAGCUCUAGAAACACAAUAAGAGAGAGAGAGAGAGAGCUAUUUCUUUCUAACAUUUGACUAGAUGAGAUUGACAUUGC